AUGAUUACUUAUCUUUUAUAUUCAGUUCUCUUUUUUUAUAUCAAGGUCCUUUGUUUUCUUUUCUCGACACAAACACAAUUUCACACACUGUCCGGCUGUAACAGAGACAGCUCGGUUUCCAAACCCGGCUUACUGCAACAGGGAUGUACACUUUCUUCCUCUCUUUGGUUUUCUUUCUUUCCUUCUUCUUCUUCUUUACACAAUUCAGCUUGUAAGAGAGGUGUAUGCUUUCUUCUCUGGUUUUUACUUUUCUUUCUUUACACAAUUCAACUUGUAACAGAGAUAUCUGCUUUCUUCUCUGGUUUCCUUUUUUUCUUUAAACGCAGGCUGAAUCCUCAGCUUUCGUUGCUUUCUGUUAGUAUCUAUCUAUCUAUCUAUCUAUCUAUCUAUCUAUCUAUCUAUCUAUCUCCAUCGCUCGUUACCUGUUCUGGGUCUGCGCUGAUUUUUUUUUCUUUUUCACGAAAGCUUUUAUUAAUUUCUUUCUUUCUCUAUUCAUUUUCUAUCAUAACUUUUCCCUGUUUUUCUUUGUUUAUUUUCUUUCACUUCGAAUUUCUUUCUUUUUUUUUUAUCUUUCUGUAUCUGUCUUUUCUCCCCACUUCUUUUCGAUCUCUUCACUUUUCUUUUUUUUUCUUUUGCUUCAAUUUCUUUUCUUUCUUUUCUAUUGCUUUUUUCUUUCUUACCGUUUUCCUCUUUUUUGACUUCAGCCCAUUUCUAAUUUCUAAAAGUAAUUAUUUUUCAUCAUUACUUACAUUACACUAUCUUUCUUUCUUUUGUUUCUUUCCUUCUUUCUUUUCUUUUUUUUCAUUUUUGUCAUUCUUUCUUUUAUGUGACAUUUGUUUUCGAAUCAUCUUUCUUUUUUUCUUUUCUAUUGCUUCUCUAUCUUUUUUCUAUGACUAUUAUUUAUACUCGUUCGAUCUUUUUUCGUCUUUUCUAUUGUUCCAAAUUCUUUCUUUCUUUUUUAUGGCUUCUAUUUUCUUUAUUCCCAUUCUUUUUUUCCUUUAUUUUUCUUUCUUAAUCCAUUCAUUUAUUCUUUCUUUCUUUCUUUCUAGCUUUAUUCGUUUCAUCUCUUAUUUCUGUUUUUUUUUCUUCUUCUUCAUCAUUUGCUUCAUUUUAUUUUACGUUUACUUUUCCUUCUCUAUUUUUUUCUUUCUUUGUUAUUUCUGUCUUUCUUUCUCGGCUUACGGCUCUAUACCGUUGAAAUAA